AUGGAGAACAUAUGUAUGAAUGCCCGAUCAUUUGUAAAACCGUUACUACACGCCGCUAAGUACCCCCACUGUUACAUAAAUGGCGUUUUUUUGGCGGAAUGUCCUAAACAAAAAGAUGGUAAAGUCGUCCUGGAAAUUAAAGACUGCAUUCCGUUGUUUCAUAGUCACCUGACGCUUGCACCCAUGCUGGAGGUGGCCCUCAUCCAAAUUGAUGCAUAUUGUCAGUGCAAUGAUUUAGUCAUAGCCGGAUAUUACCAGGCUAACGAAGUUAUAUUUGAUAAGAAUCCCACGAACAUAACCUAUAGAAUAGCAGAAAAGGUUAAAGAUAAUUUUAAUGAAGCCUUUUUUCUUAUGAUCGACAAUGAGAGACUUGCAGAUGAUGAUGGUGAGAAUGCAUACAUCCUGUACAACAAUUAUGAUGGCAAGUGGAAAAAAGUCCUAAUUGAGAAGGAUGUGAUUGAUGUGGCCCAGACACUUAUACAGACAAAAGCAUUCAGGGAUGUGAUAGAUUUUGACAACCACUUAACCGACAUUUCGUUGAAAUGGCACAACCCUCAAAUCAAUGAACAGAUCGAACAGUGCAUUUAG